AGACUUCCACCAGGGAAGGGGCUAUAAUAAUGGUCCUACUUACAAAAGGCCUACUCAAUUCAAAAAAUCUACUUCUAAUCCUGUCAGUGCUCCUCCCUGCUUGCCACAGGGAGUAACUAGGCUUCCAGAUUAUUUACAAUAAUUCAGACUCUCUCUGUCAAGGCCCAUCUAACUACCAGGACCUCAACAGAUAUCAACCUGAAUUCUCCCAACAAAGGUCUGCUAUCAGAUACCAUGACUGAUGUGCCUGUGGAUACAGGAACUGCCAGGACCUCCAUUUCUGAGGGCUUGACAGAGGCAGAAGAAGAAGAGCUCAGAUCUGAACUCACUAAGGUGGAAGAAGAGAUUGUGACAUUACGGCAGGUCCUAGCAGCCAAAGAAAGACACUGUGGAGAGCUGAAGAGGAAGCUGGGCCUGACUCCUUUGGAUGGACUGAAGCAGAAUCUUUCAAAGAGUUGGCAUGAUGUUCAGGUCUCCAAUGCCUAUGUGAAAACAUCUGAGAAACUUGGCGAGUGGAAUGAGAAAGUGACACAGUCUGAACUAUAUCUUUCAGCAAGCAGCACAUUGGAGGACUGGAGUGAGAAAUUAACCCAUUCAGAAGCUUACAAGAAGACUCAGGAAACUCUUUCCCAGGCAGGACAGAAGACUUCAGCUGCCUUGUCCAAUGUGGGCUCUGCUAUCAGCAGGAAACUUGGAGAUAUGAGGGCUCACCCCUUCUCACAUUCCUUUAGCAGCUACUCCAUUCGUCAUUCAAUAAGUAUGCCAGCUAUGAGGAAUUCUGCAACCUUCAAGUCUUUUGAAGAUCGAGUUGGGACCAUAAAGUCCAAAGUCGUUGGUGGCAGGGAGAAUGGCAGUGACAACCUUCCUUCACCAACAGGAAGCAGUGACAAAACUCUGCAGGAUCAUGCUCCAUUCUAGACCCUUUUGGAUUUUUAAUCUCUGCCACAGAAUGAGUUCAAGAACCCUCUCAAUUUGUCAUGAGCAGCUCUGAGAAAAAAAAAAAAAACCAAUAUAAUGACCAUUCAAACCAGGAAAUGGACAGAGUCCAAUUUUGAGAAUCAUAUUCAUGCAUAAAUAGACACUUGCUGCUGGAUUUGAGUAAAAUAGAGAACAAAAAAGUUUUGUAUACAGAUAUUUUACACUAAAGUUUAUAGAUAAAAUGUAUCACUGUGCUGUUCUUCCUGGGGGGUACAUUUAAAUGGACAGAACUUCCUCAUUGGGUAUAGAAGCCAAAGCAUGAAUUCCCAUUUGAAAAACACUAUAGCUUAGUUGAAUGCUCAAAUAGAUUUUUGUUUGGGAAUGAAAAGAAGUAUAAUUAUGAACCAAACUUUUUGAAAACGUUAUUUUUUUUCUCCCUUCAGUUUCUGAAAGUUCCCAUAAAUAACCUAGAAGAUUCUAACUAGCUCAUUUUUUCCCCCAAAAAAAUUAUCAAGAUAUGAAACUGUCCAUUUUUCUGUGCCUUCCAGAAAGAAGACUUUAAUUAGGAGUUGCCUGGUUGUUACACUAAUGCUCAAGCUUUAACAAGACAAAAUCUUUAUUUUUUAAAUGCAGUGGACUUUUCAAAAAUCAAAAUGAAGCAAAGCAGCUUUCGCCUCAUAUUAGGGAAAUAUUAUCUUGGAAAUCUGAAGCCGAAAUGCAAGCCUUACAUCACCUUAUGCUUUACUUGUUUAUAAUCUUUUUAUAUAAAGAACUUAAAGGUUCUAAAGCUGGAUUUUGAGCACUGUGUGGUUUUGCAUUUAACCCUCGUGGCAGCAUGCCUAUGCCAGUUUGUGUGUUUAUUUAGCUUACUCUUUAACUUCAUUUGAGUGUAUGAAACUUGCUUCUCUGUUCUCCUCUGAAUUGCUGUAGCAGCUCCUAGCAGGUCCUUUCCUUUAGCUAAUCAGCUCAAAGGCUUCUAGCCAGCAAGGAAUAUCAUAACUAGAUGAGAGAUAAACCUCAAUCUUAAGCAACAUUUAAGGGACAACAACUCAUCCCUGUCCUACUGGCUAUUCUACUCUGAAUAAGCCCAAAUGAUUGUACAUUAUUGGUCAGUAAAUCUGAACCUGCCAUUGUUUACAGUAGGUAUGAAUGCAGAAAAAACUUAAUUUGAAGUAGGACUGGACCUUCCCCCAAGACAAGCUGGAGAUAGAUGGAGAACUGAUUUGGAUUAGCAGGAAUUUGUCUUGGGUUUUUGUUAACAUCCUAAUAUCAAUAUUUUUAGAAGCUCUGAGACUUUUUUUUUUUCUGUUUUUAAAAUGCCAUUUGUCAUUAUUUCUCAUGGCAAUUGCCCUGCCUAGUGUGAGGCAUGAUUUUGAGGGUGAAGUUUUGUGCCUUAUUGGCUCUCAGCAGUGGGAUUAAAAUCUGUUUGCUUGUAUACAUAUCAAUAAAAUCUCGCUGGCUGAAGGAAUACUCCCUCCAGCCCAAGAUAACUCUUAUUUUGUUCAGCCUUAAUGUUCUCCCUACUCUAGAGAAGCAAGUUCUGAUAUAUCAGUAUCUGUUUAUCAAUCCUAGGGGCUGCAUUCCACAAGAUGUUAGGAGACAAAUGAAGAAGAAAACAUACUAUGUAGUGUCCUUUUAUCAGGUUUUAUUAUUUGUGGCUGAAAUUGUUUUGAGGAACACUAAGGAGGAGGAGGUUGAAGGAGUGGUAACUGAUCUUCUCCUUCAGCUGAAUAUUGGAUAUUUGUCAAUAAAUUAUUUCUUUCAGGGCAAAAGAAAAACUGAGUUUAUAUGACAGGUUGUUUGUUUUACAGAAGGAGAUUUGAAUUUCUGAAUCUUUAGCAGAAAUACUAAUGAUCAAAUGCCCAAUAUUUUUGUGUUACUGUUAUGUUAUGGAGUAUAAAAUGUUCUUGCAGACUAUACAGCUAUAAAUGUAAUUGGGUUAUUCAGUUGAAGAUUUAGUAAAUAGUUCCUAAAUAUGGUUCUUUUAAAUCAUUAGGAAUACUAUAUUAUUGACAAUAAUAGAUGCGCUUUAAAGUUAAAAAAGUUCUACAUGUACUUUCUCAAUUGAGUUUUGCAACAACUUGGACCCAAAUCAACAUGCCUUUGUAUCUUUCUCCUAAUGUAUAAGUUGAUUCAAAUGCAGGAUGGAUGGCCCAAAAUAGUUUAUAGUAUCAAAGAGUUGCAUAGAAUUGUAAGAGACUUCAGUAAUUAUCCAGUACUUGAAAAAGAAAUCCCAUAAUAUAGCAAGUAAAGUGGUCAUCUAACUUUUUGGUAGAAAAGUUGAUUUUUUAAGUUACUUUCAGUUGUAAAUCCCAGGAUUCGCCUCUGAAGGCAGCUUCUUCCAUUUUGAAGAAGUUAAGAAGUUUUUCUUGACAUUAAGCCUAAAUUUGCCUCCUUGCAAAUUCUACCUAUUGCUCCUCGUUCUCUCCUCUGGGGUCCAUCAGAAUAAGUCUAAUCUCUUUUCCACAUGAUAACCCUUAAAAAUACUUGGGGGAAAAAAACUAUCAUAUCUCCCUUCCCCACCCAUUCAAUAAAUUAAACAUGCCAACUCCUUUAAUCUUAAUAUAUCAUAGAUUCAAUGCCUUUCAUUAUUCUGGUUGUCCCCCUCUGGAUAUUUUCCAGCUAAUAAAAAUUCUUAAACUGU